CCAACUCUGCAACUGCACCUCUGUUUCUCCCUCCCGGAGUUUCUCCUCUGGGAGAUAUCUAGUCAACGCCUCCAUCUCCGAUAGUUUGACUUUCAGAUUCCCAUCCGAUUUUGUAGAAUUCUUUCCGGUUUUUCUUUCCAAGCGUUUGAUCUAACCUUUCAAUUCAUCGUUGCGGACUCAAGCUCACUGAUUUUGUCGAUUACAAUGCAAUUUCUCGGCUUCUUUUAGGGUUCUCUGUAGUCUCCUCCCCGUUACUCUCCGAACCCACUAUUUUUUAUUUGUUUCUGAGCUUCUUACAAUUAGUUGUUAUGGCGAUCCGGUUCACCGUUUCCUAUUCCGGCUACUUAGCCCAAAACAUUGCGUCGUCGGCUUCCUCCAAGGUGGGAAGCUGCCGAUUCUUCCAUGAGUGCUGCUCCGCCCGUUCCCGCUUCUUCCAGAAACCCGAUUCCAAGCCCUCCUCUGAUUUCCGACGGCCCAAAUCCGCCGCUCCUUACUCGUCGCCGGCCACGGCGUCGAUGUACUCGACGCUCGCGGAUGAGAUUCUCGGCGGGAAUUCGACGUCGCCGCUGGUUGUCGGGUUGAUUUCGCUGAUGAAAUCCUCGUCGUCGGUUUCAUCUCCUGGGGUUUGCGGCGUUUCGCCGCUCAGGCGGGCGUCGAUUGUCCCGUUUCUGCAAGGCUCGAAGUGGUUGCCCUGUAGCGAGUCUGACAUGACGGCCGCCGCCGCCGCUCCGGCCAGUUCUGAGGUGGAUAAGGGCGGGACAGUAGCUAAGCGGAGCAAAGGGGUUAGUGUAUCCGAGGCUAUGGCGAAGGGGACUUGGUUCUCGAAGCUGUUUAAUAUCUGCUCAGAGGAUGCUAAGGCCGCCUUCACAGCUUUGAGUGUCAGUAUUCUGUUCAAGUCUUCUCUGGCUGAGCCAAGGUCCAUUCCUUCUGCUUCUAUGUACCCUACUCUUGAUGUGGGUGACCGCAUCAUGGCAGAAAAGGUUUCAUACAUUUUUAAGAAUCCUGAAGUUUCAGAUAUUGUGAUAUUCAAAGCUCCAAAUCUUCAGGAGUUUGGUAUUGGUUCGGGAGAUGUCUUUAUAAAACGUGUUGUAGCAAUAGCUGGUGAUUAUGUCGAAGUUCGUGAUGGCAAAUUGUAUGUGAAUGACAUUGCUGAGGAUGAGGAAUUCAUUCUGGAACCUAUUACUUAUGAAAUGGAACAAAUGCUUGUUCCCGAAGGGUGUGUGUUUGUGUUGGGGGACAACCGCAACAUCAGCCUCGACUCUCACAUCUGGGGUCCUCUUCCCAUUGAAAACAUCAUCGGGCGAUCAGUUUUCCGAUACUGGCCUCCCUCCAAAGUGUCAAGCACUCUGCAUAGCUCACAGAUAGAGAGGAAAGAUGUGGCCUUUUGUUGACCCUUCCCACUUCCCAGGGCUCUGUGGAGGGAAGAUCUCUGACGGCUCACUGCAUCUCUUGAUUCUUUUGUCAUCACUUUUCCAGCCCACUCUCGCUGGGCUGUGAAUAGUGAAAACCCUAACCACCCCUGCUUUGGGUGAAGCUUUAGGCUAUUAUGUUGUUGAUGGAUUUAUAUUGUUUCCAUUUGUUGAAUCCAUUGAUGUUUUGUAAUUGUUUCUGAAAGGCCAAUCUUUGGCUAGAAUUCAAUUUGUUGUUAAAUGAGAAAAAGACUUGUAUAUAUAGUUUUUCCUUUUA